UCUCUCUCUCUCUCUCUCUCUCUCUCUCGCCAUGUUGUUGGAUUAAAUCUGUCGCGUCACUUUGUAUGACUGAAAGAAAACUAUCUCUGCCCGUCGCUUUUUAAAAGUUUAAACAUGUCGAAUGUGUCUUUCCACAUCUCCAACCUGCUGGAGAAAAUGACGUCAACGGACAAAGACUUCAGGUUCAUGGCGACCAACGACCUGAUGCUGGAGCUGCAGAAGGACAGCAUCAAGCUGGACGAGGACAGCGAGAGGAAGGUGGUGACCAUGCUGCUCAAACUGCUGGAGGACAAAAACGGGGAGGUGCAGAACCUGGCUGUGAAAUGCCUGGCUCCUCUGGUGCGCAAAGUGAAGGAGCCUCAGGUGGAGACGAUGGUGGACACGCUGUGCUCUAACAUGAUGUCGGACAAGGAGCCGCUGAGGGACAUUUCCAGCAUGGGACUGAAGACGGUCAUCGCAGAGCUGCCGCUGUCCUCGUCAGGUUUGACGCUGACCAUCAGUGUGUGUAAGAAAAUCACCUCCCAGCUGAUCGGCGCCAUGGGGAAACAGGAAGACGUGUCCGUUCAGCUGGAGGCCCUGGACAUCCUGUCGGACAUGUUGGGAAGGCUGAGUGGUGCUCUGGUCAGUUUUCACAGCUCUCUGCUCGCCAGCCUGCUGCCUCAGUUGACCAGCUCCAGGAUGGCGGUCAGGAAGCGCUCCAUCUUGGCUCUGGGUCAGCUGGUGCCCUGCUGUAGCCCCGCCCUCUUCUCCCAGCUGACUGAACACCUGUUGACGGAGUUAUCCAAAGCCCCGCCCACCUCGAUGACGAGGACGUACAUCCAGUGCCUGGCAACCGUCAGCCGUCAGGGCGGCCAUCGAGUCGGUGAACAUUUAGAGAAGUUGAUCCCCGUGGUUGUAAAGUUCACCAGCGUGGAGGAUGACGAGCUGAGGGAGUACUGCUUCCAGGCCUUUGAAGCUUUUAUACGCAGGUGUCCAAAGGAGAUGUCUCCUCACGUUUCCACGGUAACACAGCUUUGUCUCAAGUUCAUGACCUUUGACCCGAACUAUAAUUAUGACGAGGCGGAGGAGGACGAAGACAGCAUGGACAUCGAGGACGGUUUUGAUGAAGAGUCCGACGACGAGUACAGCGACGACGACGACAUGAGCUGGAAGGUGCGGCGCUCCUCCAUCAAAUGUCUGGAGGCGUUGAUCAGCACUCGCAGAGACCUCCUGCUCUCCUUCUACUCCUCCGUCUGCCCCGCCCUGCUCGCCCGCUUCAAGGAGCGAGAGGAGAACGUGAGGGCCGACGUGUUCGCCGCCUUCUCCGCGCUGCUGAGGCAGACGCGAGCGGGAUCCGGUCACCGUGGCAACGUCACAGCCGCCUCAGACUCCGGAGUGAGCGGGGAGGAGGAGGAGCCAGCGGUCGCCAUGUUGAAGAAACAGGUGGUGGUGAUAGUGAAGGCUCUGCACAGACAGCUGAAGGAGAAGAGCAUCAAAUCUCGUCAGGGCUGUUUCUGUCUCCUCACUGAGCUCACUCACACCGUACCAGGAGCCCUGGAGCCACACAUACCUGCACUGAUCCCAGGCAUCGUCUUCUCGCUGACAGACAAGUCGACCUCCUCCACCAUGAGGAUCGACGCUCUCUCCUUCUUCCACGUCCUCCUCCUCACUCACCCUCCUCAGACCUUUCAGACGCACAUGCAGGUGCUGCUGCCCCCGGUGGUGGCGUGUGUGGAGGACACGUUCUAUAAGAUCACGUCUGAGGCUCUGCUGGUCACACAGCAGCUGGUCAGAGUGAUGAGGCCGCAGGGACAGAAAGCCACGGCGGCGGGAGGAUUCGACCCCAAACCGUUCGUCAGAGAGGUGUUUUCUGUGACCAUGAAGAGGCUGAAAGCGACAGACAUCGACCAGGAAGUGAAAGAAAGGGCGAUAUCCUGUAUGGGUCACAUGGUGUGUCACCUGGGCGACCACCUGGGGGCGGAGAUGCAGGGCGUCUUGGCGAUCUUCCUGGAGUGGUUAAAGAAUGAGAUCACGAGACUGACAGCAGUGAGGACCAUCACCCUCGUCUCUGCCUCUCCACUGAAGAUCGACCUGUCGGCCAUCCUGCCCGACGCGCUUUCUGUUUUAGGAUCUUUUUUGAGGAAGAACCAGCGAGCUCUGAAGCUCUGCACGCUGGCGUGUCUGACCGCGCUCGUCUCUCAUCACGCCGCCAGCAUCAAACCCGCGGCUCUGGAGCCCGUGCUCAGUGAACUUCCUGCUCUGGUGGACGAGAGCGACAUGCACGUAUCACAGGUAUCCAUCUCCCUGCUCACCUGUCUGGCUAAAGCGUGUCCGUCCUCUCUGGCUAAGAUCGGCUCGUCCGUGCUGUCGGGCGUCUUCAGACUCGACUCUCCUCUGCUGCAGGGCGGAGCGCUGGCGGCCAUACUGGACUUCCUAAAGGCACUGGUGCUGUCCAAAACCAGUAACAUGGGCUACAGUCAGCUCCUGAAGGCCCUCAUGGACCCGUUUCAGAGGUCUCAGUGCUCGGUGGACGGCUCGGUCCUCCACAGGCAGUCCUUCCUGUCUGUGGCUCGCUGUGUGGCCGCUCUCUGCUCCUCCUGCCCCAAAGAGACUCCGGGCACCGUGUCCGCACUCCUGCAAGAGGUGAAGACCCCCGGCUCUCCUGAGUCCGCUCGGGUCCUGGCUCUGCUGUGUCUGGGGGAGGUGGGGAGGAGCGGCAGCCUGGGAGGGAGUGAGGAGGUGCAGGGCGUCAUCCUGGAGGCCAUCUCCUCCACCCACGAGGAGGUGAAGACCGCGGCGUCCUGCGCGUUGGGCAGCAUGGCGGUCGGCAGCCUAAACGACUACCUGCCCUUCCUGCUGAAGGAGAUCUCCUCUCAGCCCCGCAGACAAUACCUGCUGCUACACUCGCUCAAAGAGGUCAUCAGUGCCUGUCCUGCCUCUAGUCUCUCGCCCCACGUCGAGUCCAUCUGGUCGUUGUUGUUUCAGCACUGUGAGUGUCAGGAGGAGGGGACCAGGAACCUGGUGGCUGAAUGUUUGGGAAAACUCACCUUAGUGAACGCUGCACAACUUUUACCUCGACUGAAACAGCAGCUGAGAGCAGGUUCUCCUCUGGCUCGCAGCACCGUGGUGACGGCCGUUAAGUUCACUAUUGUUGAUCAUCCGGCUCCUGUAGACUCACUGCUGAGAGACUGCAUAGGUGACUUCCUAAAGACGCUGCAGGACGAGGACAUCAACGUGCGCCGCGUCGCUCUGGUGAUGUUCAACUCCGCGGCUCAUAACAAACCUUCUCUGAUCCGCGGUCUCCUAGCAACCGUGCUGCCCCACCUCUACAAGGAGACCCAGAUCAGGAAGGACCUCAUCAGAGAGGUGGAGAUGGGUCCGUUCAAACACACGGUGGACGACGGUCUGGAUGUGCGUAAAGCUGCGUUUGAGUGCAUGUACACUCUGCUGGACAGCUGCCUGGAGGGUCUGGACGUCCUGCAGUUCUUAGACCACGUGGAGGAAGGACUCAGAGAUCACUACGAUAUCAGGAUGCUGACCUUCCUGAUGUUAGCCAGACUGGCGUCCAUGUGUCCUGCUGCCGUCCUCCAAAGACUGGACCGACUGAUCGAGCCACUGAAGGCCACGUGCACCACCAAGGUGAAGGCGGGGUCUGUGAAGCAGGAGUUUGAGAAGCAGGAGGAGCUGCGGCGCUCUGCCAUGCGCGCUGUCGCCGCCCUGCUGGCCAUCCCUGAGGUGGAGCGGAGCCCCAGCAUGGCCGACUUUGCCAACCAGAUCAGAACCAACGCUGACAUGGCGUCCAUCUACCAGAGCGUCCAGGGAGGGGAGGGAGGGGGGUUAGCCCACGCAGAGAGCAUGGACACGAGCUAGACACCAUUGAAGAGAUAAACAGACGAUCACUGCUGUUUUUGUCAACAGAGUUUUUUUUUGUUUAAAUUUUCCGCUCUCAGAAAAAUAAAUUUUAGGAUUUUGAAAACACUCAA